UUCACUACCCUCCCAAAACCUCUGUUACCUGCAACUCUUCUAUUUCCUCCAACUCCGCCUGCUAUUCGUCCCAAUUUCCGGCGAGAUACUCGGUUUCCGAUACUAUGACUUCGCCGUUACUCUCAGGUCUUGCGACGGAGAUUAUUAUUCCGAUAUGCGCCGUCAUUGGUAUCGUUUUUUCGUUACUGCAAUGGUUGUUAGUAUCUAGAGUAAAGGUUACACCUGACCCUAACGGACCUCCGUCAAACAAGAACAAAAAUGGAUACGAUGACUAUUUGAUUGAAGAAGAGGAAGGGAUGAAUAAACAUGACGUCGUCGUUAAAUGUGCCGAGAUUCAGAAUGCAAUCUCUGAAGGUGCAACCUCCUUCUUGUUUACAGAGUAUCAAUAUGUUGGUGUUUUCAUGGUUGUUUUUGCAAUUUUGAUCUUUCUCUUUCUGGGUUCUGUUGAGGGCUUCAGCACCAAGAGCCAGCGGUGCACCUACGACCGUGCCAGGAUGUGCAAGCCCGCACUAGCGACCGCUGGCUUCAGUACAAUUGCUUUCUUGCUUGGUGCUAUUACCUCCAUAGUUUCUGGUUUCCUCGGGAUGAAAAUAGCUACUUAUGCUAACGCAAGAACAACCCUGGAAGCCAGAAAAGGUGUCGGAAAAGCUUUCAUUACCGCUUUUAGGUCCGGUGCUGUAAUGGGUUUUCUUCUUGCUGCAAAUGGUCUUUUGGUUUUAUAUAUUGCAAUAAAUCUGUUUAAGAUAUAUUAUGGGGAUGAUUGGGAAGGACUUUUUGAGGCUAUAACUGGUUAUGGACUUGGUGGUUCUUCAAUGGCUUUGUUUGGAAGAGUUGGUGGAGGUAUAUAUACCAAGGCUGCUGAUGUUGGUGCUGAUCUUGUUGGGAAGGUAGAGAGAAACAUUCCAGAAGAUGACCCUCGAAAUCCAGCCGUGAUUGCUGAUAAUGUCGGGGAUAACGUUGGGGACAUUGCUGGGAUGGGAUCUGACCUUUUUGGGUCGUAUGCCGAAUCAUCUUGUGCUGCACUUGUGGUUGCUUCCAUCUCUUCUUUCGGAAUCGACCAUGAUUUCACUGCAAUGUGCUAUCCGUUGCUUGUGAGUUCCAUGGGAAUUCUUGUUUGCUUGAUAACCACACUAUUUGCUACUGAUUUCUUUGAAAUCAAGGCUGUCCAUGAAAUCCAAACAGCAUUGAAGAAGCAACUUAUCAUCUCCACCGUUCUUAUGACGAUUGGUAUUGCAAUUGUUAGUUGGCUUGGUCUCCCGACAUCCUUCACAAUAUUCAAUUUUGGUUCACAGAAGGUCGUGCAUAACUGGCAACUUUUCUUGUGCGUGUGUGUUGGUCUUUGGGCCGGACUUAUCAUCGGUUUUGUAACGGAAUACUAUACCAGCAAUGCUUACAGCCCUGUGCAAGAUGUUGCUGAUUCCUGCAGAACUGGAGCUGCAACAAAUGUUAUAUUUGGGCUUGCAUUGGGAUACAAAUCUGUGAUCAUUCCCAUUUUUGCCAUAGCUAUCAGCAUUUAUGUCAGUUUCAGAUUUGCUGCCAUGUAUGGAAUUGCAAUGGCUGCUCUUGGAAUGCUUAGCACCAUCGCUACUGGACUGGCUAUAGAUGCUUAUGGUCCCAUCAGUGAUAAUGCUGGAGGCAUUGCGGAAAUGGCUGGUAUGAGCCACAGAAUCCGUGAGAGGACCGAUGCCCUUGAUGCUGCAGGGAACACCACUGCUGCCAUCGGAAAGGGAUUUGCGAUUGGAUCUGCUGCGUUGGUCUCGCUAGCGCUAUUUGGUGCAUUUGUCAGUCGUGCAGGAAUUCAAACGGUUGAUGUUUUAACACCAAAGGUUUUCAUAGGUUUAGUCGUCGGCGCUAUGCUUCCAUACUGGUUCUCAGCCAUGACCAUGAAGAGUGUGGGCAGUGCAGCUUUGAAAAUGGUUGAGGAAGUUCGUAGGCAGUUCAACACCAUCCCUGGUCUCAUGGAAGGCCUGGCCAAACCUGAUUACACCACGUGUGUGAAGAUCUCCACCGAUGCAUCUAUCAAGGAGAUGAUUCCCCCGGGUGCCCUUGUCAUGUUAACUCCCCUAAUCGUUGGGAUCUUAUUCGGAGUGGAGACCCUUUCUGGUAUCCUUGCUGGUUCCCUAGUAUCUGGUGUCCAGGUAGCGAUUUCUGCAUCAAACACAGGCGGUGCUUGGGACAAUGCCAAGAAGUACAUCGAGGCUGGAGCUUCAGAACAUGCAAGGACCCUUGGACCAAAGGGGUCUGAACCACACAAGGCGGCUGUGAUCGGGGACACCAUUGGUGAUCCACUCAAGGACACCUCUGGUCCAUCGCUCAACAUUCUUAUCAAACUCAUGGCUGUGGAAUCGCUUGUUUUUGCACCCUUCUUUGCUGCUCACGGCGGUUUACUCUUUAAGAUUUAGGGUAUAAAAAUGACAGAAAGUGCUUCUGAAUCUCGACAUCUAUUUAGCACCCAAGUUAGCCUCUCUUUUUUUUAAAGUUAGUCGAUAGGUCAUGAUGGUGAUGGUGAUUAAAUGACAUGAUUUAGUUGUCAUGAGUUUAGAACACAUGUUGGAACUCAUUUGUGAAUACAAUCUUGCGAGUUUUCUACGUGAAGUCAUAAACUGUAGCCAUCUGCGUAACCGUUUCUAAACAUGCACAUGGCUGUCCUUUGAUCGAUAUAAUAUUUUUCAGACCGACGACUGGUCCACGCUGUUCACUGCAAACUUAUUGCUUGUUUAUUGAACACUUAGGGGUUGUUUGGUUGGUUUUUCAUUAAGUCAUAC